UCCUUUUCCUCGUCUAAUGAGACACCCUCGCCUUUCAGAUUCUCCUCCAUGACCGUAUCAUCGCGCAAACCCUACAACGGGUCUCGCCGAAAGCUUUUAAUGGCCUUUGACUUGGGAACGACGUUCAGCGGGAUAUCUUAUAGCGUUCUUGAUCCUGGCAUUGUCCCAGAAAUUAAAGGCGUGACAAGAUUUCCAUCUCAAGAGCACGUCGGAAACGAUGCGAAAAUACCGACAAUCAUGUACUACGACCAGGCGGGAAAUGUCAGAGCUGUUGGCGCAGAAGCGCUCAAAGAGAACAUAAUUGAACAAGCCGAGGACGAUGGCUGGGUUAAGUAUUCAGAGUUCAAGCUCCAUCUCCGUCCAACUGUGAAAUCCGAGCCUGGCUCAGAAAUCCAAAACACCAUCCCUCCUCUUCCCCCAACCAAAGACAUUGUAUCAGUCUUUGCUGAUUUCUUCCGAUAUCUCUUUGAAUGUGCCAAGAAGUUCAUCCUCGAAAGUCACCAGACCGGAGCGACAUUCUGGGAGUCCAUUGAAAACCAGAUAGAAUUUGUCUUGAGUCACCCGAAUGGCUGGGAGGGCGAGCAGCAGGGGAAGAUGCGCCAGGCUGCUGUACGAGCGGGGCUUGUAUCCGACAGCGACGAAGGAUAUGGCCGGGUACACUUUGUCACAGAGGGCGAAGCGAGUUUGCACUUUUGCAUCCAUCACGGGCUGUCUUCGCAUGUUCACGAAGACGAAGCUGUUGUCAUCGUCGAUGCAGGCGGCGGCACCGUCGAUAUCAGCACGUAUACUAGUGUGCCAUCAGACCAUGUUGGCACUAUGGCUUUCAAGGAAAUCACUGCACCUCAGUGCCAUUUCACAGGAUCAAUAUUUGUUACUAAAAAUGCCAAACAGUAUUUACAGGCCUUCUUGGCAAACUCACGAUUCGCGCAAGAGGUCGACGUCAUUUGCGAGUGUUUUGACAGGACCACAAAGCUGCGCUUCCGCAAUGCCGACGAGCCUGCAUAUAUCAAGUUCGGCGGGAUGAGAGACCGUGAACCAGAACUCAACAUUCGAUCAGGGCAGCUCAAGUUGGAAGGUCGUCAGGUUGCCGAUUUCUUUGAGCCAUCUGUGGCGUCUAUCAUCAAUGCCAUCGAUGAACAACGCUUUGCCACGGAUAAGACUGUUACGUCAGUAUUCCUUGUCGGAGGUUUCGCUGCCAGCGACUGGCUUUUUAUGAAGCUGCAAGACUAUCUUAGCCCGCUGAACAUCACGUUCUCGCGGCCCGAUGGCCAUGUAAAUAAGGCUGUCGCAGACGGCGCGGUUUCCUUUUAUCUCGACCAUGUCGUCUCGGCUCGUGUAUCCAAGUGCGACUACGGCGUGGAGAUGUCUACUGAAUUUGACGCGACCAAUCCCGAUCAUAUCGCACGUCGACAGCAGGCGUAUUUCGACGCAACUGGAGAUCUCAUGUUGGGUGGGCAGUACGAUACUAUCCUUCCCAAGGGCGUUCAAGUGUCAGAAGACACAGAGUUUCGUCGUUCGUACAUGAGGGCUCGGAAGCUUCUGUCCGAAUUGAAUAUUAUCGAAGAAGACAUCCUCUGCUAUCGUGGAACCCGAAAGAAUUCCCGUUGGAUGGACAAAGAAAACGAUGAUAUGUACCCAACGCUGUGUUUCGUCACGGCUGAUACACGUCAGGCUGCGAAAGGGUUGGUUCUCAGGCGAAGAGCAGAUGGCAAGUCGUACUACACCCUUUCAUAUGACAUUGUCAUAUUGUUUGGCCGCACGGAGUUGAAAGCCCAGAUUUGUUGGUGGGAAGAUGGUGUUGAGAAGAGAGGCCCUGCGCGCAUCGUAUAUGAGCGAAAUUUAUAAUUCAUCUCUUGGAUUUGUUAUAGGAGGAUCUAAAAGUCUUUGAUUAAUUCACAGUACCAUACAUUUGUAUCGUAACCAGUUCAUAACUUUCUACCCUUUGGGUCUUCAUCUCCGGUCACAGUAAGUAUUGCUGGGUAACAAUAUAAACAUUAAAAUAUCAUAUAUCAAGGCCCAUAGGAUGAUUUUACGCCCUGGACAUCGUCCAACAAUGAAUC